CAUCACCCGUUUGGAGAAAGGGAGUUGAAAUUGCGCAUGCGCAUUGCUUUUCUUGUCUGAAAUCGCAGCAGUUUGAUACGAGGAGAACGCAGCCGUAUAUAGUUGCUGAGGGCCGAAACAAAAAGGGGGACAAAAUCGUUAAAAUUCGUGUUUCCAGGCUGCUGUACAUACCUUCAUUCUUCAACCGAGCGUCUAAACUGGGGAAAUGGCGUCUAAAACCCGGCUUCUGAGUUGAUUUGAGUGAGGUUUCGAGCCGUUGUUUUUAGGGAGGGUGAUAGCAGUAUUGAACGAGAGUAUUUAUCACCAGAAAUAAGAGAGAGUUAUAUCCCGUUGGCUUCUGUCUGGAUCAAGUGAAUGAUUUGUAAGCGAGCAAAAGGUGUUCUGUAAUUUGCCAAGCCACUCAUGCUAGGACAGGGCCUGCAUCGUUCACAUUGGAAACCCUGCUCCAUACAGAAACAAGUAGCCAGAACUGACAGGAGAUACUGACGUGAUUCAACUCAUGAAACACAGAUGAGCAGGCUCUGGAGGAGAGAUGUUCCCCUGGUGGCCCCUGGCUCCUCUGUGGGGGAGGUUGCACCCGGCCCUCACUCCACGGCCACCCCGGCCAGCCCCAACAUGUCAUGGAUCCCUGAGGAGCCCAUCACCCCGCUGGGGGAGCCCUUCUUCCUCAUGACCACCUCGGCACAGGCCAUCUCCGGCUUCUUCGUGUGGACAGCACUGCUCCUUACCUGCCAGCAGAUCUACAUGCACCUGCGCUACUACAGCGCCCCGAACGAGCAGAGAUACAUUGUGAGGAUCCUCUUCAUCGUUCCCAUCUACGCCUUUGACUCCUGGCUCAGUCUGCUCUUCUUCACCAAUGACCAGUACUACGUCUACUUCGACACGGUCAGGGACUGCUACGAAGCUUUUGUGAUCUACAAUUUCCUGAGCCUCUGCUAUGAAUUCCUCGGAGGGGAGAGCGCCAUCAUGUCAGAAAUCAGAGGGAAGACGAUUGAGUCCAGCUGUAUGUACGGAACCUGCUGCCUUUGGGGAAAGACCUACUCUAUUGGCUUCCUGCGUUUCUGCAAACAGGCGACUCUGCAGUUCUGCGUAGUCAAGCCCUUGAUGGCCAUGAUUACUGUGAUACUGCAAGCUUUUGGGAAAUACAAGGAUGGAGACUUCAACGUGGCAAGCGGAUACCUCUACGUGACGAUCGUCUACAACAUCUCGGUGAGCCUGGCUCUGUACGCGCUCUUCCUCUUCUACUUCGCCACUCGGGAGCUGCUCAGCCCCUACAGCCCUGUGCUCAAGUUCUUCAUGGUCAAGUCUGUCAUCUUCCUGUCCUUCUGGCAAGGCUUGCUGCUGGCUGUCCUGGAGAAGUGCGGGGCGAUCCCGAAGAUCAGUUCGGCGGAGGUGUCGGUGGGAGAGGGCACGGUGGCCGCCGGCUAUCAGAACUUCAUCAUCUGCGUGGAGAUGUUCUUCGCUGCCAUCGCCCUGCGCUACGCGUUCACCUACAAGGUCUAUGUGGACAAGCAGCUCGUCACACAGGGAAUACUUCCUACUUAUGGGCCCUAUGGUCGUUGCGCCCCGAUGAAAAGCAUCUCCAGCAGUCUGAAGGAGACCAUGAACCCCGGAGACAUUGUCCAGGAUGCCAUCCACAACUUCUCCCCUGCUUACCAGCAGUACACCCAACAAUCCACGCUGGAGCCAGGCCCGGGCUGGCAGCGCAACGGACACGCCGUCUCACGCACACACAGCGUGGCGAGCAUGAGGGACAACGAGAAGACACUGCUGCUGAGCUCCGACGACGAGUUCUGAGAGAGCACAGCACAGACACACGCAAACACACAAACACACACACAUACACACACACACCUAAAUAAAACUGGCAUUGGGGAAGGGUCGUUUGGAACCAUUAUCAAAAGUCACGCACUGGACAACUAGCGCCAUCUGCUGUUGGAGAGUAGGAACUAAUGCAUUCAAUCCAGCAUUUUAUUGUUCACAAACCUUUUUGAAAUAAACACACAACAUAACCACUUUAAAAUACACUAUGCCCCAAUUUGUUCAGAAAGCAGCCUGAAGAGGAGGUUUUACCCUACACAGUUUUAGGCUAUAUUCUACAGUUCCCUUUUAUGUGUGAAGCUGUUAUGUUUUUAUGGCUUGUCUGUUUUUACAGCAUUUCCGGAUUUUGACGGAAACUUAUACAAAUUCUGCAUUGCCUCAAUUGCAACCACACUCAAUUCACAUGUAAACGCAGACCUCCACACAAACUAGCCAUGUUUUUAGGAUUACAAGUGUCCUGAAACUGCCAAUUGUCGAAACUAUUAUUCCAAAGGGCUUGCCAGUCUGCUGCUGUUGAGCUGAAACCCCAAUGGUUCAUUCCAGCACUGCUUUUCCACAUUGCUUGUAAACCUUUUGAAAAAUGAGUGCAAACAUUUUACAGAGUGCUAACCAGAACUUCCUGUCUUGCAGCAUCUUUGCACUAACAUUGUUGCUUAUCAGGCAAAAACAUUUAUUUUUAAACCUUCCCAUGGUGUGUUCUCAUUACUGGAUAUGAGAGAGACUCUGUUCUCAAUAUUGUAAGGGCAGCACUUGAUGUGUAAUAGGUUGUACCCAGCAGGUUGUGGACUAAGAAUUGGAAUACCUGCCAGCUAUAGCGCACCUUGUGGCAUCUCUGACUGCAUUUUUUCUUUACUGUUGUUUUUGCCCUUUUCUGUUUUUUCAUGAAACUGCAAAUGAUACAUUUUAGAUAAAGGACAAACAGAAGACCAUUGUGCAAAGAGCAGCCGAUCAGCUGAAAGGAGCAAAAGUAAAUCGCAUGAAACGGGAAAUCAGAGGGGUUUGGAAUGAGUGAAACUGCAUCGCCCUGUUGGCAAGUCCGUUCAGUCAUGGUGAGCAAGACUGGGUAGGUGCUUGGUUGCUGGUGUUUCCAUAUUGAAGCCUAAUGAUAGGCUGCACAUCCUGUUGAGUGCACAGCCUUUUAUAUAUACAGAGCAUCAAAAGAAACAUAUUACUAUUAAAACACAUUUAUUUUGUGGGGAAAAAAUAAGGUAUAUAAAUGAUGGACAUUGACGAAAUGUUUUUGGUUUCUUUUUAAUCACUUGAUCAUUCAUCCUUGACCAUGUCAUGCUUGAGUGACUAUGACUGAAGCAUAUGCACUUAAUCACCUAAUUAGUGAGACAGUUGAUUGGACACUGGAUAUGGAGUGAUUUCAGCUAUUGAAUUGCAAGCUCCAAUAAAGCAAUAAAGAAAAUCACAAAAAAAAAAACCAAUAUGCCACAUCUGUCAAGAGAGCAAUGUCUUAGUGCAAUCGGCAUGUUGGAGGCUAGAUUAGAGCAGCGUACUGUGGCUCGUCGCCUUGGGUGCUCACAGCCAGCAAUUUCAAACCUGGCGAGACAGUAUAACCAGACACACUCGGUCAAUGACAGGCCACGAACUGGGAGACCAAGAGUCACAACACCUGUCCAAGAUCGACAGAUCAUUUUGCAGCAUCUUCGUGAUGUCAUUUGUUAAUCAGCACAAUAAAAAGUCACUGCACCUGCUCUUAAACAGAGUUUGCAAUUUUUCGAUCCAUCUAGUGAAUUUUAUCCAAAUAUAAGUGAUGUUUCUUUUGAUGCUCAGUAUACAUUAAAGAAGUAUUGUGUUGAUGGGACACAAGGCUACAGCAGCAUGGUGACAUGACAGUUAAGGCCUGGAACAAGAACUGGAAAAUACUUUCUGGGGCCAGAUUUAAUAUAUUUGCUUUAAUUUAUUAUUUUCUAUUCAGUUAAUUUGACUGGGAAACUAAAGGCCUGAAUUAGAUAACUUGUACCAUGGACACAGAUAUUUAGCAUAGUGCCAACAAACGUCUAUAGACACUGAUAGCGGUGCUAGAAUUUAGAUUUAAUCCAGUCUAAGUGUUUGCUCAGUUUUAAGUUAUUGCCAGAUGGAAUAAGGUCUAAAAUAUAUUCUUCAGACCACAUCCCUAUUUUUUUUUUUUUUUUUUUUUUAACAAGAGAAACGAUUAGUUUUGAUUUCGAUUUGACUUUUUUUUUUUUUAAGGAUAUACCGUAGCAAUUAAAAAAAAAAAAAAAAAAAAAAAAAAAAAAUUCUGGCAUACAUAAAGGGCGCCCAAAUUUGGGGUCCUUAUAUAUGGCUACAGUUAUUGCAUUAAUAUGUCGAUAUGUUGUUGUUCUAUUGUACAGUUGUUCUAUUUAAAUGUCAAACAAGAAACAUGUAUCGUAACUUAAGAAAAGCAUUUACUGCCCUGUGGCAAGUUCACACAAGUGUGCAAAAAGCUGGUUUUACCAUCAGCUAGUGAUCUCAGCUAGUGGUCUUUUGAAACUUGCCCAUCGUCUUUUAAUGAUACCAAGCAGCAUCUUGUCAAUCUUAUCAAUUGGCCUUUCACCGGAGGUUCAAGUCCGAGUUUGGGGGCCUCAACUUAGCUCCCCAGUUGUGACAUCUGAGGCUUUUUGAAGUUUAAUUAAACACGCCUUUCGGACCAUGUUGUCAAAGCUUUCCUCCAUUCUUUAAUUGGCUGCUUAAGAGAACUCUGAUUGUAUUAUUUGUUUGUUUAUAGUUUUGUAAAAUUAACAGGCAUUUUACCUUUUUAAAAAAAUAAGAGUUCACUAAAGACUGGAGUAAACCCUUUGAAAACAUGACUUCUCAAUUCCUGGUCCUAGAUUAAAUGCUCCUGAAUCACAACCAAUGGAGAUCACCUAUACUCUUUACUGUGACCAAUCCCCCUACUAGCUGUGGAUUAUAAUGAUAUGCCCAACCUUUCCAACCUCUCCCUCCAACUUCAGGGCAAGUCAGUCUUCUCUGCAAUCAAAGACUUGUAGCUUAGAAGGACUCCCAGUGGACAUCCUUGAAUUCAGCAUUAUAAAUCUCACCUAAAUUCACAUAAAAUAGUGAUGUUUUUAAAUGACCAAGUAGUUUCCCAUGUAUAAAAUUGGUUGAACCACUGGGCAAUUGACAGUUGAAGCUCAGCUAAAUGUAGGAUAAUUCUAUCAUACUCCCAGAAAUGGGAGCCUGCAUAUCCCCACACCCUUCCAUUCCAGUGUGGGUGGUUAGCUUAUAAAACUCUACCAUCAUCCAGAGAUUUACAGUUUAUAUUUUAAUAUAUUAUUUUUAGCUGUUUUUUCUACUCCCCAGGUUACAACGGGGAUGAAGAAUCAGCUUUCAGUCUUUUUUGUUUUUCCUUUUUUUAUACAUCUCAAAUGAAGUGUGUUUGUUUUUUUUGUCUUUUUAUUUGAUGUUUGUCAUUUUAAUAAUACGUCGGACACCUCUCUUGCCAACUGUCCCUUACUGUUAAUGAUAUCAUUCUUCACUCAUUUGGGUCCAUUGUUGUGAGAUUUCACUUUAACGAAACAUAUCAAUUCCUGGUCAUAGAUUAAAUGAUACCAAAUCAAUAGAUAUUGCCUUAAAGUUUACACUGGUGACCAAUCUCCCGACUAGCUAUGGAUUACAAGAACAUGUCCAAAAUGUUCAACCAGUCCCUCCAAAGUAAGGGCAGUCAGUCUUCUCUAUAUGAAAGGAUUGAAGCCUAGCGAUCCAAUACAAAGAUAUAAAGCAACAAGCCUACCAGUAUGUUCAGAUAUCACUGUGUUGUGAACACGCUAAUGGAUUAUCAAUGCAGUGCCCCAUGCAAUAUCAUAUUCAAUCUGGAUCAUUCUUUUGAUAUGUUAUAUAACCAAGAAAAAAAAAAUCAAAUUACACAUGAAAUGUAAUAAUUUGCAUUUUUGUUCUCCAGCACUUCUGAUUUGUAUUAUAAUUUUUAUUUCUCCAGUUGUUUACUGUUAAGGAACAGCAUUAUCACAUAAAUUGAACACAUUUUUGGGUGAAAAUCUGACUUUCUUACCACUUCCCCGCUAUGAAAAUGGUGUGCAUGGUAUAAAUAUUUGUGAAAAACUGUUCUGAAUUUGUGCAAUGUGUAUCGAAAUGUAACUGCAACAGGCAGACACUAAACCCCAUUACCCCUGCGGGCUGCUAUGACACACUUUGAAAUGUCUGGUCACUGCAAAGUUUGUUUUAAACCACAUUUAAGAGCGAGCUGGGAUUUAAAGGGGUAGCAUUUAUCAUUGUUUUAAAUUGACUGAACAAUUUGGUUUUGUAACAUCCCCAAUCAGCUACAUUUUCAGCUGCAAUCUUGAGAUAAGGCUUUUAAGCCAUGUUCUUACCUCUCAUUGGCUGAAUCUCAACAGGCAGUGUUGUGCCAAUGCUUUUCAAAUGUCAUUUGUAUUUAGUUUGCCCACGUUGACAUGUUGUGCACUUUUGUGUGGACAUUUGGGAACGUCUUCACAUUUCCCAUUCUGCUAAAUUAGCAUUAAAAAUUAAAUAAAUGUAUAGUAAACUUAUUCAGAACUAGAUACAAGGUGCAUGUAGGAGCUCUGAAAUGAACUGCCUGAGUAAUUUAAUUGAACAUCAAAGUGUUGUGUUUUAUUUUUUAUUUUUUUUAGAAUAAUUUUUGUGAAUCUAAACCAGUACAGUAUAUUAUGGUGGGAUAGAGAAUGAGGUAGGAUGUCAGCCCCAGUUAACACCCUGGUAUACUGCAAAAAUAAUAUCAAGCAAUUCCGUUGUGGUAGGGAUUGGAUGAUAAAUACGGAUUACUGUACACAUUAGAAAUACAAGAUGUAUUGACCUUUUAGAGGCGCAAAACAGCCCUGGGUAGUAACUUGCUGUGAAAUGCAAACCUCAGCUUUCAAUGAUGGAUCUAGGGUUUCUCUAAAACAUUUCCAUUGUAUUCUUCUAAAAUUCUCUAUAAGUUAGUGUUCCUGUUUAUCGUUGUAGAUUGCUCUUGCUGAUAUACCUCUAGUGGGGAUUCAGAGCAAAGUGUGUCAGAUUACUAAACGCACAGGCUCGUUUUCAUUAUAGCUCUGCGUGAACAACACAUAAACACGACAGUGCAAUAUUAACACUUUGUAUUAUCUGGGAAGAUAGUGCUGUGAACAGACUUUAUUUGAAGCUUUGGCAAUUCUGAAGCAGGAAAAAGAAAUCCCAAGCUGUCAUUAAAAGACUGAAGGUUGGGGGAAGAAACAAAGAGUUUGUGAUCUUAAACCCUAAUGACAAUGUUUUUCCAAUUACAGAGGCUGUUGCUGCAGAAAAUGUAGUAUAACUGUCUGUCCACUAAGUGCAGAUUGAGUUUAAAACGAAACUCGGAUGAUCAGAUUGAUUGCACAAAGGAAGUCACCAGAAAUAAUAAAUGUGUUAUUGAAUUAUUACCACUGACCUUUCCUUCCCUAAGCUGCUUCCAAACAGUUCAAUUCAGAGUGGCUUGUUGCUGUCAGCCCCGCACUCCCUGUAACACUAGUGUCAUUUUUAUUGCAGAAAAGUGGCGUACAGUACUGUAUACAAAUAUUGGAAUAUUGAAUAGGAAUAAUAUUGUAUGAUAUCUCAGAGAUACAGACACCUAGUUUUGUACCGUCAGUGUUUUUCUUAUUUCUUCUUGUUUUUCUUGAUCUGGUAUAUUGACAUAAAGCUGCAGAGAUUCCGCUUCUAUUUUUGCCUUUGUGAUGUUAACAAAAAAAUAAAUAAAAAUUAUAUAGAUUGUC